CCUGUACAACUCCCACAGUAGAACAUUUCUCACUUUUUUAUUGUUCACCAAUAUUACUCAUUCAUGUCACUCUUAUUUUUGACGUUUUGACAGAUAUGUGUCAUUUCUAGGGUAUUUUCUUAUCAAGAAGGAUAUAGUUAUGCUGGUAACCCUAUCAGCUGAUUAAAACUGGGAAAGGAUAUCUGAGGUGUCUGGUUUUGACAGAUCAUCUCUUGCUUUAUUGGUGUGACCUCACUUGGCCGAAGACCAUUUGACCAACUGUAUGUGCACCAACAUUUGCAGUUUAUGUGCACACCUAGGCUUUGUGUGUAACCUUUCUACACGUUUCUUCCAGUUGAUUAAAUGCAAAAUCGUCUAACUGGCUUUUCAACCGACAGUUGUGUGCACUGCUAUGGCGCAAGAGCCAGUUGUUGUCAAUGUGUAUGAUAUGUACUGGAUCAAUGAGUACACGUCAUCGCUAGGCAUCGGCGUCUUCCAUUCAGGAAUACAGGUGUAUGGGACAGAAUAUGCGUAUGGAGGACAUCCAUUUCCAUUUUCUGGCGUGUUUGAAAUAGCGCCAAAGGAUGCUGAUGACCUGGGGGAACAGUUCAAAUUCAAGGAGUCCAUUGUAUUAGGAUAUACUGACUUCACAUCUGAUGAAAUCAGGAAGUUAGUGGAACAACUUGGGAAGGAGUUCCGUGGGGACCAGUAUCACUUACUCAAUAAAAACUGCAAUCAUUUUACUCAGUCUCUUACACAGAUCAUUUGUGGCAAGGAACUGCCCAGUUGGGUCAACAGGCUAGCUUAUAUGAGCUCUUGUAUUCCCUUUAUCGAGAAAGCAAUACCAAAGGAGUGGCUAACGCCAGCAGCUCUCCAGGCUGUCAUUCCCGAACCCACUGAAGAGGAACAAAGAAAUGCAUCCCAACAAUCCUCAUCAACAAGGAGGUGAUACCCAAGUGGGCAGCUUCUCGUUGGUCGUGUCUGAUAUUACCAGAAUGGUCUGAAACUGCAUUUGCCUUCUGUGCCUUACUUACAAGUCGGAGCAUGUAUAUACUUUACAUGGCUGCCAUAGGCUACGAUCAAGUAUUAUCAUCAGGGAACAAUGCAAGAAAAAACGUUUUCAGGUACUGUCUUGGUGCUUGUGCAUGCUCAUGCAUUUAAGCGGAGAUCAUAGGAAUCUGGGUAGGUUGAAGGAUGUUGUGUUCAACAAGCCGAAAGCAGUCUUAAUACUGUGACUGUGGCUAAUAUUUGAUAUGAUUCUAGUGAUGGUCACAUACUGUAUUAAGGAUGUUUUUUGCAAGUGUGUUCACAAUGCUAAUACAAAGCUUUUGGAAUUGUCAUCCAGUACCCAUUGGUAAAGUGUUUUUUCCUCUCCAUGGUAUUGUUUUUGGAUGAUCUUAAAUUCUGUUGAUUAUUAAUGUUACAUUUGAUCAGUUACUUAUUUAAAGUGCCAGUGUUAUUGCAGUUUAUUAAUCCUGUAAUAUCAAAUGUUAUUCCAUGACGCCAGUUUUUGAACGUUAGUUUAAUUUUGAUCAGACAAAGGGAAAUGUUUACAUACUGUUCUGAAAUAAUUAGACUGAUGGCAUGAUUUUAGAUUGUCACUGUUAUCGAAUUUUGUUUAUUACUAUUUCAUGAUUCUAAACUUUCCAUUAAUUAAAGGAAUAUUUAUGAUUACUAUGUUCAUUUGAUAGCAUUAUAAAUGGAUUAUAGAUUUUAUGGCUGAAAAGUUUGGUGAGAGGUAUGUAUGAGAGGACAUACUAGUAUCUUUAAAAUGGUUCUUUGUAUCAGGGACUUGGUGUGAUGCAGAUGUCUUCCUAGCUGCUUGUCAUAACUAAAAAAUACUGUACAGUAUGUAAAUAUUUUACUCUUUGUAAACAGAGAUAAUGAUAAGACACAACCACUUUGCCAAAAGCUACUUGUCACAGCACCACAGUACAGACUUGCCUUGCUAUCCAAACUAUGCUAGCUUUCACAAUGAUGUCCAUUUCGACGGACAUAGCAAUAAGCAUUACAGUACCUUCCUGCUUCCUGCUGAAUGCAAGCACCUGAUUGUAGUCAGGUGUAAAGUAUGUGCAUGCUUUGAUAAGUAUUCUCAUCACUGUGACAUAUCUGACAUGGUCAACACUGUUGUAUAUUUCACUGGUGUACAUUUCAGUGAUGCCAGUCUCUAAGGGGAGACAAUCCAUGUCAAAUGUAACACAGUAUAUACGGCACAUAGGCUUUUGCUUCCUGCUUUGAGAUUAUACCUAGUCAUCCAGGAUGCCAAGAUGACGUUGCCAUUGAAUGGUGAUGUAACUGAAUAGUUUUCAUGGGGCUUCCUGUUCCGUCAUGAAUGUUCAUAUUCAAUGUGAGAGUAGAAGUGAAGAAUGUCUCAAAAAUGUUUUAACAUGCAGUGUUGCUUUCAGUUGCUAGAUAUCACCACAUUUGUAUAUCAUAUGUACCUGUCGUACCUCCUAAACAAUACUAUAUAUAUCUAUAAUGGAACUUCACUGCAGACAGUCAAAGAUUGCUGGGUCAUCAAGUUACUUGGAUGCAUUUAUUUUCGGUAAUUUCUGAGGAUCACAGGUUUUGCCUCAAUUUCUUUCAUAUGUAAACACAUUGUUGCAAAUAAUUCAAAAUGUUGUCCAUCGUUUCAUGGAAGUUUUUAUUGGAUUUUAAUGUAACAAGAGCUGUUGUCUCCAUCUGCUUUCAGCUUGGAAUUAACAGGUUACAUAUACCUUUGAAAUAAUGUUCAAAGACUACAGGAACUGAAGACUUACAAAUUGAAUUCACUUGGCACCGAUAAUCCAUGACUCUUUGAGGUUGUUCUCUGAGGUUAAGGUGAGAACAUGUGACCAGCUCCCCAGAAGUUUUUUUCUCACUCAACAGUAAAACUGAAAAGUAAAAGUCCAAUUUUCAAAUAUUCAUUUGACAGUUGUUUUGGUUAAAUUUCAGACAAUCUUAUUAUGAUUAUCCCUCACAAAAUCUGCAAUAAGCCACUUAUAGGACAGGAUUUUUCACCUGUCUGAACCAAAAUAUGUGAAUGUUCUAAAUAACAGCAUUAAUAAGAGAUUCACAAGGUCCACAGGGCAGGUUUUAGAUAGCCGUCUGAUGAUUAAGAGUAUUGUUAUUGCUAGUCGUAGCCUGAUACAGUAUAAGGGCUAUGAUUGUCAGUGUUUCAUCGACAUUAAGCCAUGUUGUGAAUGAACACCAAAGACAUCCAGCUCUGGAACUGUUUCCAAAGGGUUGGAUUAUAGUUGAUACUUACAUCUCAAUCUGGUAUGUUUCAUUUUGUUGCUUCUUUGGUUGGUUUAGAAUUACAUGUCAUUUCUACAUGUGAAGAUCAGGGUUAGAAUUCAGUAACCCAUGCUUGUCGUAAGAGGCAACUAACAGAU